AUGAAAGAAAUCAAUGAAACGUUUUUAGUAAGCGCGAUAUUUCCUUGCGAAUACGUCCAACAUUUUGAUUCUAAGUACGAGCACGAUCCAGUAUGGCGUCAAACGGCUAUCGGGUGUAUUGUAUUGAAUUUACUGCAGAAUAUUUAUCAUUUCAAGUUUGGUUUCGUUCUUCGACGGUACAAUGUCAUCCAGCAAAGAUUUUACAGCCAGCCCUUCAAUGACUCGGUCUGGGUUUCCAUCUUUAUCACAAUAUUUUUAGCGUCGCUCACGUUUUAUGGUCUAAGCUUAUGGGAUCACCGCUUGUUUGGCGUUGAAUAUAGUUUCGCCCAUGAAUUACUUCUUGCUUUUUCAGCGUAUUGUCAACAUAUUCUUCCACUGCAAGCGAUAUCAUAUUCUCGUCGUGUUGCCUAUCUAAGUUUUAUCCUUUGUGCGUAUGUUGUACAUUGCUUUUAUACAUCGAAUCUGCUCUCUCAUCUUGUGAAUGAUAAGGAAGAAACUAUGGACCUACAAUCGAUAGUUGACGACAAUUACCAAAUUAUUUUGUUGAAGGAUAUGAAUAUUACGCAAGAUGUACGGAAAUAUGAAAUGUCCUUAGACAAAAAUCUUAGUAUCGUAUGGGAGAAAGUAAAACAGCUUGUUGUAAUGAAAUUAGGAGAUGCUAUGAAAGCCGUCAUUAACACCAGGUCCGCCCUACUAAGUGAUUACAUCACCUUGUAUCCAAUAUGGAAGAGAAAUUUCGAAGCAGCUGAAAUAUGUCAACUCGUCGAAAUCGAUAUUUAUUCGAAUGUGAAGAAUUAUCUAUUUACUUCCAGAAACUUUUCCUACAAAGAAGAGUUUAAGAUCGGUGUUCUUCGAGCAAAAGAGGUUGGUUUACUAAAGAAGAUACUGAUGCUUAAUAGAUACUCGCCUAUCUCGUGUACACACGUCUCGGCCCAUAACAAAGUUCAGUUUGAACACACAGUGAUUCCUAUAGUGAUACUCCUUUCAGCUUAUUUAUUUGCAGGGUUAGUCCUUCUCGGAGAAAAGUUACAUUACGCUCGGAAUCGUGUAUGGCCCUAUGUUAAUUAAAAAAAACGUAAAAAGUAAAAUAAUU